UACAGGCGGUAAUAUUGUUAAUUUAUUCGUUCAUUAUUCUUUAUUUCAUCACAAUGGAACGACGAACGACAUCGGCCGGAUAUCGAUUACCUAUUGGGCAAACUUCAACUCCUUAUCGCGGCGUCAGUGAAAAAGCAUCCGGACAGAAACCGGUUACAUCCGGUAAAAGAAAGGAUACUGUCGAUCACAAUGAAGUUGCGCAGAACAAAAUUUGGCGGGAAAGAGUAGAGGGAGAGUGGAAAGGUGUUGGAGUUUGGGAGAAGAACUGGGGAUUCCUCAAAGAUUAUGACCCCAGAGGAAGGCCCAAGACACCACGAGAACUUCCGGAACGAGAGCCAGUGUUUUCCAAUGACCUCCCAAACACGAAAGGCCACGAAUACGGAAGUCGAAUCACGACAGAUAUCGGUCAAAAAAUGACCGACAUGGAAUAUUUAUUCGAUUGUAACGUCAGAAAGAGAAGAAUGGGAACUGAAUUCGUCUGUUAUUAACGCAUAAUUAUCAUUGUUCGCAACAAUUAUAGAACAAUAGACUGCGCUGCUUUUGCUUUGUCACGUCGGAACCCAUUAUGACGUAACUGUGAAACAUCUUCAUAAUUCUCCCCGAAUCGCUUCGAGUUAUGCAUACUUCUAGUGGAAAUACUAGCUAUUUCCUUGACAGCACUGUCUUCAAUCUUUUCAAGUCUCGUAUCAAUCCUAACUAUUGUCAUUUCUUCCGCGGAGAUAAUUUAUAUAUACCGUGCUUUCCCGAUAAUGAGACAGUGUCUAAUUUUAGUUUUCUUUCAAAUUAUUUUUGGAGGGUAUGACUCUUAUUUUCACUCAUCACAAACUAAAUUACAAACUAGAGAGCGACGAGAUAUUUGAAUCUCGCCAUCUUGGUUCAUAUACUAUGGUAGCGCCCUUUAUUGUUUAUUAUCAUUCAUUUUGAGUUUCAAAUGUAUUGGUAAAACAUCAAAUCGAUUUUAGCCCACAUGGUACGGAAUUAUAUUUCAUAUUUUUGAAAGUUUUUAUUUUGUAUUAUACUCGGUUAGUCACCUGCAGGGCUAUGGAGUCACCUGCAGGGCCACUAGCGUCGACUCUAUGUUGAACAAAAUUUUUGUUCCGACUCCGAGAAUUUUACUUCAAUUACCACAACUUAGUUUAAGCGAGUAGUUUCGGAUCUUUUGUACAAUACCUCCGCCACUAAUGCAAAAAUG